AUGUCUGCUAAAUGGAUUUCACUUCUGCUCCUGCUAGAGCUGGGUUGUUACUUCAGUUGUGGGAGUUGUGGAAAGGUGUUGGUGUGGCCCAUGGAAUACAGCCAUUGGAUCAACAUAAAGACAAUCCUGGAUGAGCUUGUGAAGAGAGGUCAUGAAGUAACUGUUCUUACAUCAAAAGCUUCUAUUCUUGUUGACCCCACAAAACCAGCUUCUUUUAAUUUUGAAGUUUACCCAACACAAUGUGCUGAAGGUCAUAUGGAAGCCACUCUCCAAAGACUCCUUGAGGAAUGGAUAUACAAAAUGCCAAAAAAUUCAUUUUGGUCUUAUUAUUCAAAACUGCAAGAUAUUAGUUGUGAAUCUUAUACUGCAUUUAGGAAUCUUUGUAAAGAUCUAGUUCUGAACAAGAAGUUAAUGAAAAAAUUACAAGAAACAAGGUUUGAUGUCGUCUUUGCAGAUGCUAUUGUACCCUGUGGUGAGCUUCUGGCUGAAAUACUUGAAAUCCCUUUAGUGUACAGUCUCCGCUUCUCUCCCGGAUCUGGACUUGAAAAGUAUAGUGGAGGACUUCCCCUCCCACCAUCCUAUGUUCCUGUUGUUCUGUCUGAAUUAAGUGACCAAAUGACAUUCAUGGAAAGGGUUAAAAAUAUGAUUCAUGUGCUUUAUUUUGACUUUUGGUACGAGACAGUAUGUGACAAGCAAUGGGAUGAGUUUUAUAGUGAAGUACUAGGAAAACCCACUUCAGUAUCUAAUCUGAUGAGCAAAGCCGACUUCUGGCUCAUUAGAACAUACUGGGAUUUUCAGUUUCCUCACCCAAUCUUACCAAAUUUUGAGUUUGUUGGAGGACUGCACUGCAAGCCUGCCAAGCCCCUGCCCAAGGACAUGGAGGAGUUUGUCCAGAGCUCUGGAGAAAAUGGUGUUGUGGUGUUUACUCUGGGGUCAAUGGUCAGUAACAUGCCCGAGGAGAGAGCCAAUGUGAUUGCAUCAGCUCUUGCCCAGAUUCCACAAAAGGUUAUUUGGAGAUUUGAUAGCAAGACACCAGAUACUUUAGGGGCAAAUACUAGGCUAUAUAAGUGGAUCCCCCAGAAUGACCUUCUUGGUCAUCCCAAAACCAAAGCUUUCAUCACUCAUGGUGGGACCAAUGGCAUCUAUGAGGCAAUUUACCACGGGGUGCCUAUGGUGGGCAUUCCCCUGUUUGCGGAUCAGCCCGAUAACAUCGCUCAUAUGCAGGCCAAGGGGGCAGCUGUCAGGGUGGACUUUGAAACAAUGUCAAGCUCAGAUUUGCUCAAUGCAUUGAAGACAGUCAUCAAUGAUCCUUCGUAUAAGGAGAAUGCGAUGAAACUAAGGGCAAUUCAACGAGAUCAGCCAGUGAAGCCUCUGGACAGGGCGGCCUUCUGGAUCGAGUUCGUCAUGCGCCACAAAGGAGCCAAACACCUGCGGCCCGCCUCCCACGGCCUCACCCUGCUCCAGUACCACUCUCUGGACGUCAUCGGCUUCCUGCUGGCCUGCGUGGCAGCUGCCCUGUGGCUCAUCACCAAAUGCUGCCUGUGCUGUUGCCGGGUGUUUUCUAAAGCAGGGCAGAAGGAAAAGAGGCACUAGUUUCAUAUGAUGCCCUAAGCUGCUCUCUCUCACAGAGAGGACCCCUUCGGUUUGUUUCAGAGAGAAGAGGGUGCAGGUUUUCACUGGUGACAAAAUUACUCUCAUGUUAAGUUGUCAUGUCAAAAUUUGCUUUCACCGCGAGACACUUGGGCAGUCUUGGGCCGGGGCUGAUACCGGCUAGCACUCCGCUGAGAUCGACCUGGGUGCCAUGCUUUUGCAAGGCCGCUUUGCUCCUGAACGACCAAGAUCCAGAGGCCAGCUACAUUACUUCUGGUCCCAGCAAGUGCUUGCAGCCAUGUCGCUAGACUGCGAACUAUGCCUUUCUUCCAAUCUUCCCCAGGAAAGGAAAUGACGCAAUUUCCAACAUAAAUCUCCCUGGACUCAAUUACUAAAAUACAGUAGCGGCAGCCUAACUUUAUAUCUCUUCAUUCUCAUCAGUGAAAAACUAAUUAUCAAAUGCUUCCUUGUCAGUAGGGCAAGGAGGGGUAAAUACCAACAAGAAUAGUGAGUUCUGUGUUGAAACUCCAACAGCAAUAGUGAGUUUUGUGUUGAAAUAUGGAAUAUAAUCAAGGUAAAGAGAAAAUGAAGUGAAA